AUGGAUGGUGAACCACCGGGCAGAAACGGCAGCAAGCCCCCGGACAUGAGGCUACUUUCCAACCCAUUGAUGGGGGAUAUUGUAUCUGAUUGGUCUCCUGUGCAUGAAGCAGCCAUUCACGGACGUCUGCUUUCUUUGAGGAGCCUCAUCAACCAGGGGUGGCCGGUGAACCUCAUCACGGCAGAUCGUGUGUCUCCGCUCCAUGAAGCCUGUCUUGGAGGUCAUCCUUCCUGUGCAAACAUGUUAUUGAGGCAUGGAGCUCAGGUGAAUGGUGUCACUGUGGACUGGCACACUCCCUUGUUUAAUGCUUGUGUCAGCGGCAGCCAUGAGUGUGUGAAUUUGCUUCUGCAAUAUGGAGCCAGUCCCUACCCUGCGAGUGACCUGGCAUCCCCCAUCCACGAAGCUGCUAAGAGAGGCCACGUGGAGUGCAUUGAGUCUCUUGUGGCUCACGGGGGCGACAUUGACCAAAACAUCCGCCACCUGGGCACACCAUUAUAUUUGGCUUGUGAAAACCUGCAGGUGGCCUGCGUCAGGAAACUUCUGGAGUCAGGAGUGAAUGUGAACCAGGGCCGGGGGCUGGACUCCCCUCUUCAUGCAGUGGCCAGGGCAUCCAGUGGGGAGCUGGUCAGCCUGCUCCUGGACUUUGGAGCAGACACCCAGGCCAGGAAUGCUGAAGGCAAACGACCCUUGGAACUGGUGCCUCCAGAGAGCCCCCUGAGGCAGCUCUUGCAGAGAGAAGGGCCCUCUUCUUUGAUGCAGUUAUGCCGCCUUAGAAUUCGGAAGUGCUUUGGGAUCCAGCAGCAUCAUAAGAUCACUGGACUCAGCCUCCCUGAGGAGCUGAAACGGUUUCUCCUCCACAUUUAA